AUGAGAAUCGCUCCCCGCGUGUGGGUCAUCAUGACAACCUUAGUGACCGGCUCCAAAUCACUUUUCACACCUGACUCCCCGAUUGAUUUAUCCGGCGCACUUUUCGAUGGCUGGGACCCGAAGUACUUCGCGGACGUGCUCGCUGAUGAUAGUGAUCGACCAAUGCAUGCGAUGUCUCCCUCCCCUCCGCCGUCCACCAGCGAUCUUCCUCCCUACCACUACCAGCACUCAGAGCCAGCGGGAUAUUCUGCGAGCUAUGGGACCGCAAAUUACAUGGGGGGACAUGCAAACGAUCAUCUUUUACACAGCCGCGAAAGCCAAGGACUUCUGAUUCCUUUUUCUUCUCAUUUCAACAACGAGGGAGCUACUGCUGUCCCCUGGAGCCCCCACAUCGAGCUACCCGGCGCAAUGGCUGAAGAACUACUGCAGCCCUUGCGUGCGGACCACCACGAUGUACCCGCAUCAAGUCGAGCAGAGAGGGCAAGGAGCUGUACACUAUCCACUAUAGCUACAAAAUUCAAAUGCCUCAACCCAAAUGAUCUGGCAUACAUUCAUUCCCUGCUGCGAGAGUCACCAGACAGCCGAGGAGGUCUGACUCCGGAUUCUCUCCAUUCCAACACCAAUACAGCCACUGGUGCCCUCUCAAGCUUACACAAUGGGCCUCCUUUCACACCUGAUCCCUCGAUUGAUAUCUCCGUUGGAAGUUUAGAUGGUUUAGAUGGCUGGGACCUGGAAGACUUCAGAGACGUGCUCGCUGAUAAUGGUAGUCCACCAAUGCGUGCCGUGUCUCCCUCCCCUCCGCCGCCCAUGCAUGCAAUUUCUGCCUCCUCUACGCCGCCCAUCAGUGCCUCUCACCAUCUUUCCGACCAAGACCAGCACUCACUAGGGCAAGAUGAGCACUCUCAAAGUAUUGCCGCCCCUCGUUACUUCGCGGAACAUGCAGUCGAUCAUCUUUCAAACAGCCUAGAAAGCCCAGGAUAUUGGAUUCCUUUUUCUUCUCGUUUCAAAAAAAAGGCAGUCACUGGUGCCCUCUCGAGUUCUCACAUUGAGCAACCCGGCGCAACGGCUGGAAAUCCACUGGACCUCUCCGGUGCGGACAACCUCAAUUCAGACGUAUUAUCAGUCCUAUCAACUGGAGGAAAGAGGAAGAGGAGAAACUAUGGAUUAUCACGGGAAGCUAAAAAAUCGAAAGGACUUCGACCAAAUCAAGCUCUGAAAGACUUGCAUUCCUUCCGGGCUACAAUUCUAGAGUCAUCGGCGACCAAUAGUUACAUCCUUGACGACGGGCAGGAGACGCCGAGAGUCUCGAGGGAUGCGUAUUCGGAUCUAAAUCCACAUCUGCAAAGGUUUGAUAUUGAAACUCCUCCCAGCGACGCCUACGACCACUUCAGUCAACCCAUCGAAGGCCCGACAAAGGAGCAAAAUGAGUAUGCAAAUAAUCUUCAAUCGACCAACUCCGAGUCUCCAGCGCAACAAUAUUCAAGAACCGGCAGUGCAUCUCCUCGCAACUCAAUCGCAUUAAUCGCAAAACAAACAGGGCCUCCGACCAACACUGAUGCACCUAUCUACCCAACACCGCCGGCCGCUUUACGCGCUGGACCUACGAAAAUAUAUGACAUAACAGAGCUCCUACGACCCUCAACACAUUCCCUACCCGCGAAUGGCUUAACGCAGGCCCCACACGGCAGAGAGUCCUUUGAGUCGGAAAAACCCCGCCACGGACUUCGCCAUGAUGAAGUGACUAGAGAAUCGAGAAUCCAUUCCAAUUUGUUAACCCAAGUCGUACGCGACGCCCACCGUCCACGCCACUCAAUCUCGUCGCUCGGCCUCCAUACUGAAGCUCAACCCUACCCAUUAGUGUUUCGUUGGAGAAGCUUCGGGCCCGUGCAGGAAGGAGACUCCAAUUUUGCGAUCUUCCAACAUCUACUAACAAAAUUACUCGGUUUUGGAAAAGUGGAUCCACAUGUGAUACUAUAUCUACCUCAGGAGAAUACUAGUGAGGUUUUUGAACAAUUUGAAUAUGGAUUAGCUCUGUUUGAAAAAACGAUAACUUGGACGUCGCACGUGAAACUGCAAGAUACAUUUUAUGAGAAUCUCGACCUUUGGAAGUCGUUUUACAAUAAAAAAUUAGGCGAUGAUUACAAACUUGAAACAAGAAUUAAAAAUAACUUGAACAAACCCACACUAUCCACUGAAGAGCGCGACUUGGAAGAAAAAAUCGAGAAAUUAAAAUACAUUUUCUUAUUUUUCGUCGACAUGAUUACAACUAUCGCACCCCAAAAGUCUCAAAAGGGCCGCUCAUUAUCUAACCGAGAAUUUUUAGUCCAGGCUGCUGAUCAGUUCGAACAUCUUGCCGAUACCCGUGUGUUCCCGAAAUCAGGUGCAUCUGUCAAACCCAACUUGAAAAUCAUUUGGGAAUUGGUUUCGGACUGGAUGAAACUCAAUCAAGAUUAUAAAUCUUCCAAAUUACUUGAGAAUCAGAAGCUCAGCAAGGGGGCCAAACUGUUCUUUAAUUGUUGUUUUUGCUAUUCCAUUCAAACCUUAACCAAUAAAAUGCGAUGA